AGCUCCUUGCUUCUCAGAACUCGCAGCUCCAUCCCAUUCUCUGAUCGCUCGCUCUAGUUCAGUGUUAGCUACUCUUAGCUCUUACUGCAGCUAGCCAACUAGCCACUCUUCCUUGUAGCUAGCCAUCAACCUUCUGCUCGUCAGCAAUGGCCACUGCCGAGGUCCAGACCCCGACCGUCGUUGCGACCGAGGAGGCGCCCGCGGUGGAGACCCCGCCGGCGGCCGUCGCGGCCGAGGAGGCCCCCAAGGAGGAGGCCCCCGCGGCGGCCGGGGCCGUGGCCGAGGAGGCUGCCCCCGCCGAGGCCGUGGCCGAGACCAAGGAGGUGGAGCCGGCCGCCGAGCCGGAGGCCGAGGCGCCCAAGGAGCCCGAGCCGGCCGCUGCUGCCGAGGCGGAGCCAGCCGCCGCGGCUGAGGCCGAGGCGCCCAAAGAGGCGGAGGCAGAGCCGGCGGCCGCCGAGGAGGUGAAGGAGGCGGCGGCGUCGGCUGCCGAGCCGGAGCCAGCAGCCGCCGAGCCGGAGGCCGCCGCUCCCGCUGCCGAGGAAGCACCGGCCGCCGCUGAGGAGGCGCCCGCCGCGGAGGCCGAGAAGGCCAGCAGCGAGUGAUGCCGCCGCGCGACGGCGCCCAGGGGUGGAUGACGGCUCGCCGUGGCGUGGCAGUCGCGUGCCAGCGUGCGCACGUACACGGGGCACGUACUGGCUUGCUGUUCAGUACGCUACGGUUUACUUGUUCGCGUGUGUCUAUCGUAGCUAGCCUAGCAGUAAGCUGCUGUGUGGGGGUGCUGCGGGCUGCCAGGAGUGGAGUGACGUGGGCUAAAUAAAGUGUGUCGUGGUGUGGUGGGGCCCGGUGUCAGCGGCGCGGCGCCCCAUGACUGCCGCUGCAACAUUGUGUGUCUUUGUGUUCCUUCGUGUUCUGUUAUCAUGCAUCGUACUCGUACCAACUUAUCAGCCACGUUUGCGUUAUCGUUUCUA